AUGCUCUCACUCACCACGAAGAGAUGGACGGCCUCGAGUCUCCGACUGACGGCCCGGGGACUCACGGGCACCGCGAGGAGCCAGCUCGCCCAUCCGGCCCCACAGAAGGACUUCGAUCCGAUCCCCGCCCCGGCUCAGACCCCAGACCUACCACCGUUCCACUUCGGCGCUCCUCCCUCCUCCGAUCAGCACGAACCGCCGGAAUUCAAUUACAAGGAUCCCGCCUAUAAACCGAUCGUUUACAAAGACUACUCUACUGGACCAAGCGCUCUCGAUAAGGCUGCUAAGCUCUUCUUCCUCACCGAAAUCGCUAGAGGCAUGUGGGUCGUCUUGGGUCAGAUGUUUCGUCCUCCGUAUACGAUCAUGUAUCCGUUUGAGAAGGGACCCGUCUCGCCCCGGUUUCGGGGAGAGCACGCCUUGCGAAGAUAUGCCAGUGGAGAGGAGCGUUGUAUAGCUUGUAAACUGUGCGAGGCGAUUUGUCCAGCACAAGCGAUCACGAUCGAGAGUGAGACUCGAGAGGACGGCUCACGACGGACGACGCGAUACGAUAUCGAUAUGACCAAGUGUAUCUAUUGUGGGUUCUGUCAAGAAGCCUGUCCGGUCGACGCGAUUGUCGAGAGUCAGAACACCGAAUAUUCGACCGAGACCCGUGAAGAAUUGCUCUACAACAAGGAGAAACUCUUGGCUAACGGCGACCGCAUGGAAUCGGAAAUUGCGGCAAACCUUCACGCCGAUCAUGUCUAUAGAUGA